AUGGAGAUGGCAGCCCUAAAGGAAGAAAAUCAAAAAUUACGCAUUGAAACGAGACCAACGCAAUUGACUUUUGCUGCACUCUUGGCAGGUGACCCAGUUGCUAAGCCGAAAAACAGGGUUGAAGAACAAAUCGAAUUAGCAAAAGGUAAACAGAGUUGCAGUCAGCGCAGAAAGGAGCUUGGGAGGAGAGUGAGACCAGCAACGCGCUCUCUGUCACCAUCACAGCAGCGGUCCCGCCAGCAGCAACGGUCCAGCCAGCAGCAGCAGCAGCAGCAGCAGCGGCAGCCGCCGCCCCGGCCCCGUCCGCGGCAGCAGCAGCAGCAGCAGCAGCAGCUGAGGCGUUCCAGCCCCCCGCCGUCGCCGUCGCCGUCCAUUGCAGAUGGAGAUGCCACAGUAUUCUAG